AUGAUCAUUCGCUGGGCAGAACAAUGCCGCACCCACUUCAAACCAGCAACAGCAGCAGCCGCAGGGGCAGCAGCAGCAGCAGCAGCCGCAGGGGCAGCAGCAGCAGCCGCAACAGCAGCAGCAGCAGCAGCAGCAGCCACAGGGGCAGCAGCAGCAGCCGCAGGGGCAGCAGCAGCAGCAGCAGCAGCAGCAGCGGCACCAGCAGCAGCAGCGGCAGCAGCAGCAGCCGCAGCAGCAGCAGCAGCAGCAGCCGCAGGGGCAGCAGAACCAGGAGGGGCAGCAGCCGCAGCAGCAGCAGGGGUUCCAGCAGCACCAGCAGCAACAGCGGCGGAGGGCGACUGCCCGCUCCUCUCCUUUCCUCCUCCCUCGCAUGCACACCCGCUCUCUUGA